AUGGCUUCUGCCACCAUCGAGAUUCCAUUUCUCGCUUCGCAUUACGGCAUCGCGGAGGCUACCUUAACAACACUUUUGCAGGCACCGACGGUCGACCUUGUGAAUCAGUUGUUGGAGAGUAUCACAGUCAAGGCUCGCGAAUUCGAUGAUCUCAAAUCAGACAAGCUUCGCCUUGAGGUCGAAUUGGAGAAUGCCGUCCGCGCUAGCGAGUCGAAGGUCAAGGUUCUGAAGAGUUCUGUUGAAAAGGGAUUGAACGAAAUGGCUACCCUGCGCACUCGCCUCCAGGAGUCUGAAAAUGCUAGAUCGACCCUCGAAUCCGAGAUCACGACCCUCAAGUCGUCCACUACUUCGAAUGAGUCUGAAGUUAACGGUCUGAAAUCGCGUAUAUCGUCUCUCGAGAGCUCCAACCGCGAUACCUUGGCUCUCCUUGAGUCUAAAACAACUGCUUACGAUAAAUUGUCCGAAGAGCUUACCACUACUCAUCAAAAGACCGUGGAACUGAGACGCCAACUCUCCACUGCCGAACAAAAUCUUCAAUCAGCAAACUCUGCUUCUACUAGUGCGCGCUUCCGAGAGCAAAGUCUUCAGCAAGAACUCGAGUUGACCAAGAAGAACAACGAAUACUUCGAGACCGAGCUCAAAGCAAAAUCCGCCGAAUACCUUAAGUUCCGCAAAGAGAAGAACGCCAGAGUCGCGGAGCUUCAACGAGAAAUCGAAGAAGCUAGCUCGACGAUUGAUCAACUUCGACGCAGCGAAAAUGCCUUGAAAAGUCGGUUGGAUGAUGUGGAGCACAAAUACGAGGAAUCAAUUGCUGCUAUGCAGUCGCUUAGGGAGGAGGCUACGUCCACUUCUGAGUCGCUUCGGAUUGAGCUUGACAGCGCGAACCGCUUGGCCGAGCUGCAGGGUAACGCAGCAGCAACCGCUAAACAACGUGUACAAGAGUGCCAGAUUGCGCUGGAGAAGGCACGUGAUGAUGCUGCUGAGGAAAUUGCGAGACUUCGCGCCGAGAUUGAAACCGAACACUCGGACAAGGAGGCUGCCGAACGUAAGGUUGCCGAGCUUGAAGCCAAGAUGAGCCAAGUAGAAACGCAAGCACCAUUUAGCCCCGGUCCUAUGAACGGAGGUCCGUCAACGCCAAUUCGUGCAUCGACUCCCGUGGGCGCAUUCUCUCCACGUACAUCCAGAGGUCGUGGUGGUUUGACUUUGACGCAAUUAUACACCGAAUAUGAUCGGGUCAGAAGCCAGCUUGUAGCUGAGCAACGCAACAAUGCCGAGCUGAAAGCUACACUCGAUGAAAUGGUUCAGGAUCUAGAGUCUAGCAAGCCCGAAAUUGACGAAUUACGUGCGGAUCAUGCAAGGCUGGAGAAUGCGGUUGUGGAAAUGUCAGAGGUUCUUGAGACUUCUGGCAAGGAACGUGAUGAAGCAACUCGCGAGGCAAGGAAAUGGCGAGGCCAAGUUGAGGGCUAUGAAAGAGAGACAGAAAUUCUUCGACAGCAACUUCGUGAUCUCAGCGCCCAGGUUAAGGUAUUGGUCCUUGAAGUUGCCCUCUCUAAAGAAGACCUGGAAUAUGAUCGGGAUGAGCUAGAAAAGCUUGCUCGUAAUGAGAUUGAAGAAUCUAUGGUUUCUUUAAAUGCUACUGGCCGCUUCAUUACGCAGAACCUGACUACGUUCAAGGACCUUUCUGAGCUACAAGAACAGAAUGUCACACUGCGCCGCAUGCUUCGGGAGCUGGGCGAUCGAAUGGAGAGUCAAGAAGCCCGAGACAGAGAAUCAGCUUACCAACAAGAUCAAGAGGAGUUGAAAGAAUUACGCAUUCGUGUACAAACUUACCGAGAUGAGAUUAUGAACCUCACAGCGCAGACUAAGAGCUAUGUCAAGGAGCGGGAUACAUUCCGCAGUAUGCUCAUGCGUAGAGGUCAAGCCGGUGGGGACACUUCCAUCUUCUCGCAGUCGGUGCCUCUUGGUUCAGCACCUCCGACAAUACAACAGCAAGCCGCCGACGGUACCGACUAUGCAGACUUGCUUCGCAAAGUACAAGCUCAUUUUGAUACCUUCCGUCAAGAGACAGCAACCGAUCACUCUGCACUUAAGCAACAAGUUAACGAUUUGUCUCGCAAGAAUAGUGAACUAAUGAAUGAAGCUAGCCGGUUGAAUAGUCAAUUGGGCGCAGCAGCACAACGAGCCGAGUUACUGCAGAACAACUUCAAUCUGCUCAAGAAUGAGAAUGUGGAGAUCCAGAAACGUUAUUCGAACUUGCUUGAAAAUGUCAAUCGUCAAGACAUCAAGACACAACAAGCUGCCGAGGAUCUAGUUGCUGCGAAAGGAAUGUGCGAUAGCCUGCAACGCGAGAAUGCUAACCUCAAGGCAGAGAAGGACUUGUGGAAGAAUAUCGAGAAGCGACUCAUCGACGACAACGAGUCUCUUAGGAAUGAGCGCGGCAGACUGGAUUCUUUGAACGCCAACCUUCAAAACAUACUGAACGAGCGCGAACAUACCGAUGCCGAAAGCCGUCGUCGCCUCCAGCACAACGUUGAAUCUUUGGAGACCGAGCUACAGUCCACCAAACGACAAUUAAACGAUGAGGUUGAGGAUGCGAAGCGUGCAGCUUUACGUCGCGAAUACGAUCACGAACAGUCUCAGAAGCGUAUUGAUGACUUGGUCACCAGUCUCAGCUCUGUUCGUGAGGAGCUGAUUGCCGUGAAAACGACACGCGACCAUCUCCAGUCUAAGGUUGACGAACUCAGCGUCGAGCUCAAGAGCGCUGAAGAAAAACUUCAAGUAUUGCAAACCAAGCCCGGUACUGCCCCUGCUCCUACCGCAGCUACAGCAGACACGGAACAGGCUCCUACCAGCGGCCUCACACGAGAACAAGAGUUGGCAAUUGAAGUUUCAGAGUUGAAGCGUGACCUUGAGCUGGCUAGAACGGAUUUGGAACACGCAAGGGAGCAAGUAGAGGAUUACAAAGCAAUCAGUCAAGCCACGGAAGAGCGCCUACAAUCGGUAACAGAAACGCAAGAACAGUACCAAGAAGAGACCGAACGACUUGUGGAGGAGAAGGACAAGAAGAUUCAAGAGCUUGAGAAGCGCGUUGAGGAAAUUUCAUCUGAGCUUACGACAACUAACAACGAACUUUCCAAGUUGCGCGAUGAACAAAGCGAGGUUUCGCGACGAGUGGAGGAACAAAAGACCACCUAUGAGGCUGAAAUCUCACGACUUAAGGAUGAGGCUGAACGGCAACGUGAAAAUGCAAGGACGUAUGAACAGAGUGUCCAGGCACAAGCCGAGAUCGCCCAACAAGCUCAGCAGAAUUAUGAGAGCGAACUUGUGAAGCACGCCGAAGCUGCCAAACUCUUGCAAACUGUCCGCUCCGAAGCGAAUCAAUUGCGCCUUGAAAUAGUCGAGGUCAAAACUCAAGCCGAGAACGCCAAGAAAGACUUGAUACAGAAAGAAGAGAGCUGGGGUGAACAGAAGGAUCGUUUCGAAAGGGAAAUUUCGGAUCUGCAGAAACGCCGAGAAGAGGUGCUACACCAGAACACUCUUCUACACAAUCAACUAGAGAACAUCACGAAACAGAUCACAGCUCUGCAAAGAGACCGCGCGAAUAUUGUUGCAGAGGAGGAAGAAGCCGAGGGCACGAAUUCUAGUCUUGAGUCACUUCAAGAGGUUAUCAAAUAUCUACGAAGAGAAAAGGAAAUUGUUGAUGUCCAAUAUCACUUGUCUACUCAAGAAAGCAAGCGCCUGCGUCAACAACUGGAUUACACUCAAUCUCAACUGGACGACACACGGCUCAAAUUAGAGCAGCAACGUCGUGCUACGGCUGACAAUGAUCAUCAAAACCUCAGCCAUAACAAGCUUGUUGAGACUUUGAAUGAACUCAAUGUCUUCCGGGAGAGCAGUGUUACAUUACGCAACCAGGCUAGACAAGCUGAGGCAGCUCUCGCGGAGAAAUCUGCGCGUGUUGAUGAACUUGUUCAACAGAUCGAACCUCUUCAGGACAAAAUUCGAGAGCUAGAAAACCUUGUCGAAACUAAGGAUGAGGAGAUGAAACUGAUUCAUACCGAUCGCGAUCGCUGGCAACAACGCACAGAAAACAUCUUGCAAAAGUAUGACCGCGUUGAUCCUACAGAAAUGGAGAACCUCAAAGAGACACUUUCGACCUUGGAAAAGGAGCGCGAUGAGGCUAUCGCGGCACGUGAUUCCUUGCAGCAACAAGUGGACGGCUUCCCAGAGCAGCUUGCGAAAACUGCGGAGGACAGCAAGGCAGAGCUGCGUGGCAAAUUGACUGAACAAUUUGUAAAGCGGUCAAAGGAACUCAGUGGUCGUAUCAGUGCCAAACAAUCGGAGUUGAAUGUGGUUCAACAAGAAAAGGAAAUUAUUCAACAGGAACUCACCAAAGCUCAGGAAGAACUCAAUCAACUCAAGUCUAAGCCAGUUGAACAACAGACUACGCCAAUGGAAGUUGAGUCCGCUGCUGUCACACCAGCCGUGCCACAGGUUGUACCUCCAACUACUCCGGGAGGAGAUGAGGAGAAGAUCAAGGCCCUGGAAGAAAAGGUUGCUCGUCUGGAGGCUGCUUUGGCCGAAAAGGAGGCCCAAUUUGACACUCGACUCAAGGAACGGUCUGACAAGAUGAAAGAAUUGUUCAACAGCAAACUGGUAGAGCUUCGCAAAAACCACCAGCAAGAAUUGGAAAAUGCCAAAGCACAACAACAGGCGCCUACUGAAGCUGGUCAACCUGCUGAACUCACCAUACCUGGUACUCCUGCAAAGGGCGAUACCGGUGAAUUGCCUGAACUUACAGACAGCCAGGCCAAGGAUCUUGUGGCUAAGAACGAGACCAUCAAAGAUAUUAUUAAGCGCAACAUCCAAAACCAGGUCAAUAAGGUCAAGGCUCAACUACAGCAGGAGGCUCGAGCCCAGGCCGCGGCUGCUGGUCCUAGUCCGGAAGCUACAGCUGAGCUUGAGAUUAAACUUGCAGAGGAACGAGAGCGUCUCAAGAAGGCGUCAGACGAGGCUAUUGAGGAGAAGGUUAAGUCAGCUAUCGAGUUGAAUGACAAGAAAAUCGCCGUCAAGAUCAGUAUGCUCGAGUCGCGCUCAAAGACAGCUAUGGCCAAAAUCCAGAUCGUGCAGAAAGCUGCUACCGAAACGCCAGAGAAGCCGGUUCGCGAGGUUUGGGAGAUUGCGAAAGACGCCAAAGCGCCACCUGCUGCUCCUGCAACUCCUGCAAAGCCUGCUGCUACAGCACCAGCUCAAGCACCUAUUUCGACGCCUGCUGCCACUAACAACGUUGCCCCGGCGGCGGCGGCGGCUACGCCAGCUGCAGCUUCGGGUCCGGCUCCAGUCUCUGCCCCUGCUGCUGCUCCUACGGCUGCACAGCCUCCAGCUCAACAACAGGCAGCGAAUCCCUUUGCAGCAAUUCAAGGCCAACAAGCUCUUCAGGCCCAGCCAGCUCAGGCAGCUCAACCACAGAAUGUGUCAAGCCCUUUCGCAGUCAUCAAGCAAGAUGGACAGACCCAGGCGUCUCAGCCCAACCAACAGGCUUCCAUCCCUCCCAAGCCACCAGCUGGUGCUGUUGGCAAUCAUACCGGGCCUGGUCCCGCUGCACUGAGGGCUCUCCAGUCUGGACUCCCAAUUGCGCGAGGACGGGGUGGAGGACGCGGAGGAGCUGCCGGUCAUCAACAAACGGAGCAACAACCACAGCAAGGUCAGGCCCAAGCCCAGCGUGGCACUGGUAUGCAACGAGGACGGGGCCGUGGUCGUGGUGGUCAACAGCAUGUUCAGACCAAUGUACCUCAAGCCGCCGGCCAGACUCAGGAUAGUCCUGGUGGGAACAGAGGCGCCUUGAAUGCUGGGGCGCGUCAAUUCAUACCUCAGGGUAACAAACGUCCCCGCGAAGAUGGCGGCGAUACGGUCACUGGUGAUGCCGGUGCAGGAAAGAGAAUUAGAGGUGGAGGACACAAUCGGGGAUCGUGA